UGGUAGCUCGGCUUCUCCAAAGUCGCCGUGGUCUAUGUGUGCCCAGGAGAGCAUGUAGUCCAUGUGAAGUCCCUGCAUUGUGUGUGUAUUCAUGGGACAAAGGUCAAGAACUGCCACUUCCGACUGUGAGAUCUCAAAGCACUUGAGAAGAGGAAACUCAUCAUAUAGAGAAAUCUAGAUGUACUUCGGUUUGGGGUUUGGCUGAAUCGAUGUGUCAUGUUAGUGGAGCAGAUGGCACGGUGGGGAAGAGCCCUGCAGAAGGCUGUGGUGUGGCCUACCGACCUCCCUCCAGAGCCCUGCCCCUGCUGGCUCUGGCCAGGCUGUGCUAGAAAUGGCUGAGUCCAGCUUUCUGCUGCACGCCCCCCUCUGGCCUUCACUUGUCCCUGUUCUGACUGACUAUCCCCUGCCAUGGCCUGCAGACUUCUUAUCCUGCCCUUUGCUGUCCUGUCCCUGAGUUGCUGGGGUGACGCCUUGUUCUGGCCCUCUGUCCCCAGCUCAUCCUGCCCCACGUGGACAUCCAGCUAAAGUAUUUUGACCUUGGGCUCCCAAACCGUGACCAGACCAAUGACCAGGUCACCAUUGAUUCUGCCUUGGCCACCCAGAAGUACAGUGUGGCUGUCAAGUGUGCCACCAUCACCCCUGAUGAGGCCCGUGUGGAAGAGUUCAAGCUGAAGAAGAUGUGGAAAAGUCCCAAUGGAACUAUCCGGAACAUCCUGGGGGGGACCGUCUUCCGGGAGCCCAUCAUCUGCAAAAACAUCCCACGCCUUGUCCCCGGCUGGACCAAGCCCAUCACCAUUGGCAGGCACGCCCACGGCGACCAGUACAAGGCCACAGACUUUGUGGCGGACCGGGCCGGCACGUUCAAGAUGGUGUUUACCCCGAAAGAUGGCAGCGGUGUCAAGGAGUGGGAGGUGUACAACUUCCCCGCGGGCGGCGUGGGCAUGGGCAUGUACAACACCGACGAGUCCAUCUCGGGUUUCGCGCACAGCUGCUUCCAGUAUGCCAUCCAGAAGAAGUGGCCGCUAUACAUGAGCACCAAGAACACCAUUCUGAAAGCCUACGAUGGGCGCUUCAAGGACAUAUUCCAGGAGAUCUUUGACAAGCAUUAUAAGACCGACUUCGACAAGAAUAAGAUCUGGUAUGAGCACCGGCUCAUUGACGACAUGGUGGCUCAGGUCCUCAAGUCUUCCGGCGGCUUUGUGUGGGCCUGCAAGAACUAUGAUGGAGAUGUGCAGUCCGACAUCCUGGCCCAGGGCUUUGGCUCCCUUGGCCUGAUGACGUCUGUCCUGGUCUGCCCUGACGGGAAGACAAUUGAGGCUGAGGCCGCUCAUGGGACUGUCACCCGCCACUAUCGGGAGCACCAGAAGGGCCGGCCCACCAGCACCAACCCCAUCGCCAGCAUCUUUGCCUGGACACGUGGCCUGGAGCACAGGGGGAAGCUGGAUGGGAACCCGGACCUCAUCAGGUUUGCCCAGACAUUGGAGAAGGUGUGUGUGGAGACCGUAGAGAGUGGAGCCAUGACCAAGGACCUGGCGGGCUGCAUUCAUGGCCUCAGCAACGUGAAGCUGAACGAACACUUCCUGAACACCACGGACUUCCUGGACACCAUUAAGAGCAACCUGGACAGAGCCCUGGGCAGGCAGUAGGGAGGCGCCGCCGUGGCUGCAGUGGACGGGCCGGGCCGAGCCGUCGGGCCUCCUGAGCGUGGCGGAGGGUGAGCCUCACAGCCCCUCUCUGGAGGCCUUUUUAGGGGACGUUUUUAUAAGCGAGAUGUUUUUAAAGCAUAUGUGUGUUUCCCCUCAUGUGAUGUGAGGCAGGAGCAGCGUGUCUUACCUCAGCCAGUCGGUAUGUUUUGCAUACUGUAAUUUAUAUUGCCCUUGGAACACAUGGUGCCAUAUUUAGCUACUAAAAAGCUCUUCACAAAA